CCUUGAAUACAGUCCAUGCAUUCAUUGCAGGUUGCGCUACGCCUUGAAGCGUUGCUAGGUUUAAACUCAUCAUUAUUGAGCCCUCGCCUACUUCUUCAGGUAUCCGUUAGUGAUGCAAUCGAGCACAUCAUGACACCAUUUGAUGAUGCUCGGCCACUGCAGGCUACCUUGCAACUGAAGCAAAUGGUGAUGCGUUUCUUUAAUGAUCCAGUUGUGCCUAUUAUAGAUGACUGGGGAGGCUGUGUGGGUAUACUGCAUCGAGAAGACUGUGAUAAGGUACUUUAUACUAUGCUCCGAUGCUAACAACUAACUCUUUUUUGUUGUGGAUAUGGAUACAGUUUUCCCCCCUCCACAAAUCUUUAUUCUGAGUGAGCCUACAAUAUGAUGAUGUUGAUUCUACUCUUUCCCUCCAAACUUGUGGAAGCCCAUUAUCUAUUAACUAAUAGUAGGCAAUAACGAUGGACUGCAGUUAUUAUUAUCCAACAUAUUUUGUGCUUGUUUGGAUUUGAUUAUAAUCACAUUUAUAUUUGAAGGUCAAAGGUAAAUUUUAGACCACACAUUUUGUAGGAUCCAUCUAUGA